CGUGUGUCCCGCAGCCGAGGGCGCCCGGCCCCGCACGCCCCGUGCUGCCGCCGUGCCGGCGGAGCCCGCCGGCUGCUCCCGGGGGCUCAGGGUGGCUUCGCUCCCCAGGGGCCCCCAGUCAGCCCUCCUCCGCCCCACGCUGCUGCCCCCGGAAUGCCUUCCCCCUGCCCACGUUUCCUGUGAAGGAAGCGUGUGCCUCCUGUCAUAAGGCGCUGGCACCCUUCUCUUCUCUUGCUUCUCAGCCGCCUGGUUCACUGCAUCGCCUCUACGUUCCGCUGCCAUCCCCGCUCCUCCGCCCGUGCAUCAGCCCCCUUUGCAUACCGUGUCUGCACAGGGACGGUGUAGUUACGUAAACACAGAAAGGGGAAACGUGUUUCUUUGAAUCCCAGGAACCUUGACAUUUGUUAAUUAAGUAGUUGAGAUAUCAUGCUUCAAACAGUGAAUCUAGUUGGUUGCCUUUUAGGACACCUGCAAUCUUAUAAACAUAUGCCACCAUUAAGACUUUAUGCUUUCUCCUGCCUUGUAUCACAGUCUUCCCGCUGUAGUGAAGAGUGCUGGUUUCCAGUUCUGGACUGCUCUUUUGUGGAAUGUCAGGGAAAAGAAAUAUCUUUUUUUGUAAGAUAGUCCAAGUGAAAGUCCAAGUUCCAGUUUCUAUUAUUAUUUUUGCUCCUAAUAAUAAUUCAUAUUGUAUUUUGAAAGCACAGUAGUGAGGCAUUUUUUCAGUGAUGCUUUUGUAAUUAUCUAACUUUGGGCUACAUACAUGCAAUUUUCUACUAAUUAAGAAUAUUGAAAAUAGCAGCUUCUUUUUAGUUUUCUCUUUAACUAAACCAUCUACUCUUAAACCCAGAGGGAGACUCUGAUAAGAUGAAAAGACUCAUCUUAUCUAUGUGUAUGCUGCACUAUAGAAUUGGCUAUUUACAUUGUGUGUUGCCUGCAAGCGGGUUUUGAUUUUUGCUAGGUACUAAUUCUUCUUGUGACCAUCUACUGUGAAACAGUGAUAAGUUCCAAGAAAUAAUAUGGUUAUUAUAAUAUUAAAUGGCUUUAUUUUAAUAUUCUCAAUGCCUUUGCAAACACUUUGGCUAGCAAGAUGAAGGACAGUGUAAUGUUGGUUGUCCAAGGGGGCUGUAAGUUGUGAAGAAGAAAAGAAAGGAGCCUGGGAGUCUUCAUGUUAAGUAGCAGGGAAAUAACAGUUACUGAGACACUAGGACAUGGUGCCAGUUACUUAGGUGAGGAAUAAUGUCUGACUCAAACGUGCAACCAAGGACAUUGGUUCAGUUAAUAUAUAGGCAGCUCUGUACUUGGAGAUACAGAAUAUGUAUGCAAAACAAAUCCAAUGUGAGUAAAUGUCCAUUAAAAUGACUUGAUGUGACAGCAAGUCAAAGUUGUAUAGAGGAGUAUCCUUUAAUGAGAAGUCAUUGCCUUUGAGCACAAACUAUUCAAUUUGGUUUUGGUGUUACUUCAUCAGGUAAUCAGUUGCCUGCAGGCUGCAUAAAAACAUUUCAUUCUGAGGCUAAUGGUAGAUUUUUAAGAUCAGUAUUGAUUUAGAAAAGCACAAUUGGCUUCCUUUAAGGGAACAACCAAAACUGAACUAAACAGAGACAAGGCAGUUCUCCCCCAAGUAGCCGACAGUUCCCAUGCUGUUUUGGUUCAAACCACAAGUCUUAGUCAACAAGGUAUCAGUGGCUGAUAUGGCCUCAGUAUCAGUGAGAGACUGGAGUGAGUCCUCAGUUUCUUCUCCCCACGCUAACUCUGCACUCUGAAGGAAAAGUGUUAUCUUACUCUGGCAUUAUUGCUUUUAAGUUGUCAUAUAGUGUAAUACUGGUGACAUAAACAUAGCUGCUAGUACUGUGCCUGUUGGUUUUUUAUCACUAUAUUUUUCCAGACAUUGAGAUACAUAGAAAACUAAUUUUAUCUUUUAUAUGCUUUUGUUAUUUCCUUAUUUGGCAUUACACAGAAAAUAUUAUUAUGGAGAUUAAAUACUGCAAUUAAUAAGCACAGAGCCUUUAUUUAAUGAAUUUUAAUUUUUCCCCUUUUUAGAAUUUCCCUUGUUCUAUGAACAGAUUGGGAACUGUGUUAUUGCUUUAACAUACUAGCACACCAACUUUUCAUAGAGAAUGUGUAAAAUUGCAAACCAAAAAGAUUCCAUUUUUUAAAAAUGCAGUAGUUUUGAAUUAUUCCUACGAAUAUAAUUUCAAACAGCACUGAAACUCUUUUGUAACAAAACCAGUCUGUUUUUUUUGGCGGUGACAUUACUAAAUCACUACCUGCAUUGGUUACCAAAUGUUAAAGACACAUAGAAAGCAAUAUGCAACUUUUUACAUUUAGAAAUAGUUCAGAGAUUUGAUGUGCUUCUUGUGAUCAUCUUCACAGGUAAAUAUUAAGUGUUUUUCAUGUAGGGUCAUAUAAAGAGAAAAGAGUUUUAUUAUAAAUUUGAGACAAAAAGAUCUUGCUGGACCAAAAAAAAGUAACUAGGGACUCAGGUGGGAAGAAAAACAGAAUUAAAAACAGAAUAGGCUUGUGAGGAUGUACAUUAUAUACCAGUUUUGUAAUUGAAUAAGAAUUUUAAAUGGGUUAAUAAGAUUUGUCAUAGCUUAAAGUUACCAUUUUACUUGAUUUUUUUAAUAGGGAAAAUUGGAGGACUAAUGAAAAGGAUUUACUGUUUGUUCAUUAUAGGAAUAAAAAAAAAUACUUAUUCUAGAUCAGUAGAUACAAUCUUUAGUAGCAGGCAGCUGAAAAGUAACUCAAUGUAACUUUGUUGUGUUUCCCAUAGAUUGUAUUGUAUAAAUAUUUGUUCCUAAAAGAAAGGUGAUGUUAAAUAACUUGUAAUGCUAGAUUAAAUAAUACAGAGAAUGCAUACGUCAUCACUUCAGAAUUGUACAGUUUUCUGAAUAAUCUACUUUUAAAAAGUGUAAUAUAAAAUCAAAUAGUUGAACAGUUAGGGGUGUGGGGAGGGCAAUCAAGAGGUUCUGUAACUAUUGAAAGGAUUUUUAAAAAAAAUAAGUUAAAAUUACCUUUCCCAUGCAGGUGUGCUGUUUUCUGGCUCCUCUAAGAAGAUAAUUUCUAAAUUUUACAGUUUUGAGCUACUUGAGGUACAUUGUAGCACCUGAUUUUUUUUUGUAUCUCUAAAUUAAUUAGAGAUAGUAUCUACAGAUAAAUUGUUAUUUUUAUUAAUUUUACGGCACUCUAAGAGAACAUAACACCAAAAUUAAAUUAGAUUUAAGAAAUCUUACUAAAUAAGAAAGGGUCUGGACUAACUUUUGUUGAAAUUAUAAUGCUUAUUUAUGUCAAUGCAAGUGCUACUGGCUUUGCUUUGGACCAAAAUCAUGACUGAUUACAUGAUGUUUUAAAGCAUAAGGUUUUGUCUGAAGAACCUUUCAGAAAAUUCUACUGACCCUUUAAGUUGAUUUCUGGAUAAAUAUAAACAUAACCAUGAAAGAAAACCAUCUCAUGCCCAGUUCUUAAAAGGUGUCAUUAAAGUUGAUGUGAAAUAAUAUUUACUUGAAGGUGGUGAUUGCCUCCUGUAUAUUAACAGAAAUAACAGGGCAAAUGUCAGUCCUCUCUGGUGUGAAUUUCCGUUCCAAUUAGUACUUCUGAUCAACCUUUGAUUGGAAUAAGAACUGACAAAGAAAAAUAUGCUGAUUUUUUCCUGAAGUCUAGGGACCCUUCCAGCAUGCAUUCUGGAUAAGAACAUUUCACAUGGCUGAUGUAGUUGAUAUUAUGUAUGCUUUUUGUGUGUGUGUCCUGAUUAAACUAACUGCUUAGAGAAACAAUACCAAGUAUGAAUCUCUUACCAGGUCUUGUAAUGAUUUUUGUUAAUUGGUUGUGUUAUUGUGGCUUUGAUCUCCCCGUAUGUUGUAUUAGUGGAAGAAGUUAAAGACCUGGCAAAGCUUAUGCUAUUUUAAUGUUAUUGUACAUUUGCUAUAUAUUCAGUAUAAUUGUGUUUCUGUAAGAACUUCUCUUAUAUAAAAUAGAAUUAAACUCUUUUAGUAUUGCUGUUGCAUCAGGAAUAUUAAAUGAGCUCUACAUUCUUCAGUCCAUUAUAUUAACACUUGAGACUUUUCUCCCCCAGGUUUGCAUUCACCGUGUUAGAUCGUGCAGCAGCAUUCGCUUUAUCAAAUCAAAAUAUGUGUGCGUGUUUGACAAAUCUGCCCUCAAGUUUAGUCAUCAACAGCGAUUAUUCAGAACAUCUGCUGUUUCAUGCGGCCAAAUUGUCCAGUUUAAGCUUUCCGACAUUGGAGAAGGGAUUACAGAGGUGACUGUAAAAGAAUGGUAUAUAAAAGAAGGUGAUAGUGUGUCUCAGUUUGAUAGCAUCUGUGAAGUACAAAGUGAUAAAGCUUCUGUUACUAUUACUAGUCGUUAUGAUGGCAUCAUUAGGAAACUCCAUUACAAUUUAGAUGAAAUUGCUUAUGUUGGAAAACCAUUAGUGGACAUUGAAAUCGAUGCUUCAAAAGGUGUUGCCUCAGAAGAAGAUGUUGUUGAAACACCUCCUAUGUCUCAUGAAGAGCACACUCACCAAGAGAUAAAAGGUCACAAAACAUUAGCAACCCCUGCAGUUCGUCGUUUGGCCAUGGAGAACAAUAUUAAAUUGAGUGAAGUUGUUGGAACAGGCAAAGAUAACAGAAUCCUUAAAGAGGACAUACUCAAUUAUUUGGCCAAACAAACAGGAGCUAUUUUACCUCCGUCACCAAAGGGUGAAAUUAUCCCACCUUUGCCAAAAUCAGAGACUGUGCCAGCUGCUCCAAAGGACAAAGCACGCAAAAUUCCUCUCCCUGUUUCCAGACCCCUUGUGUUUUCAGGAAAAGAUAAAACUGAACCUAUAACAGGUUUUCACAAGGCAAUGGUAAAGACUAUGAGUGCAGCCCUGAAGAUACCUCACUUUGGUUAUUGUGAUGAGAUUGAUUUAACUCAGCUUGUUCAGUUGCGAGAAGAUCUGAAACCUCUAGCACAGAUUCGUGGAGUUAAGCUUUCCUUUAUGCCUUUUUUCAUAAAGGCAGCCUCUCUGGGAUUAUUGCAGUAUCCUAUUCUUAAUGCUUCUUUGGAUGAAAGCUGUCAAAAUGUCACAUACAAGGCUUCGCACAACAUUGGAGUUGCUAUGGACACAGAGCAAGGUUUAAUUGUCCCAAAUGUGAAAAAUGUUCAAGUCUGUAGUGUGUUUGAGAUUGCUUCUGAAUUAAAUCGCCUACAGGCCUUGGGCUCUGCAGGCCAAUUGGGAACAAAUGACCUCACUGGAGGAACAUUCACCCUUUCAAAUAUUGGCACAAUUGGUGGCACUUACACCAAACCAGUGAUACUACCUCCUGAAGUAGCUAUUGGAGCACUUGGAAAGAUACAGAUUCUUCCUCGGUUUAAUGGAAAAGGUGAAGUAUUUAAGGCACAGAUAAUGAAUGUGAGUUGGUCAGCUGAUCACCGCAUCAUUGAUGGAGCUACAAUGGCCCGUUUUUCUAAUUUAUGGAAAUCGUACUUGGAGAAUCCUGCUUCAAUGCUGAUAGACCUUAAAUAAAGGAAAUCAUGGCUAGAAUAUGCCUUUAAACUUUGUGGAUUAGACUGAACAAUUACAAAAGCUGGCUCCGCUAGCACAUGCCCUUUGCUACUCACAUUAUGUAAUAAUUUUAUGUGGUUACAAGUUCUCAACAGCUGGUACCAAUCUAUCAAUUAAUUAUUCUUUUGAUUAGUAGCGCUGUAAGUUGUUCUACAGCAGACUGUCAAACUUAAUAGGUCAUGGGAUGACUUUUGAAUACAAUGAUGGAAUGUCUUUAUCUUGCCUUUUAUAAUACAUAUGGACGUGAGGCUGGUGUGACUGAAUGACACUGAUCUACAACUGCGGUAUUUAUAAUCUGAUUAACCUGUUUUGAAGGGAAAUACUCAUAGUUCUUCCUUGUUGGACACGUAAAUUUAUUUUAACAAAUAAUAUCCAAAUUCCCAAAAGAAGUUAUGCAAAAAUUCAUAUACAAAUAAAAUGCCUUUUAUGCUUCUGC